UGCUCUGCUGCUGCUGCUGCUGCUGGCUGGCUGGCUUGGUGCUAUGUGUUCAACUAAAUACCUCAGGUACUUGGAUCUGUACACAUGCACUCCAGUCUGCAUCUAUACCAAGUCAGUGACCAAGUACCGGCUGUGUACUCCAGCACACCCCUGACAAUAUGGAUGUACCAGCUACCGUCUCCCGUCCCCCUUUUCCCCUGGGCCCUGGGGUAUUAAACAUACAAGGGGCAUCUGUUUGUACCAAGUGCAAGCCGAAGAUCCCCCGCAUGCCUACAUGCACACGCAUACGCACACGCAGAACCAGCCUUCAUCUUCGAACCAACCAAACCACGCGUGCUCGUGGAAGCGGCGGGUUCCAUCCAUCCAUCAAUCAAUCGACACAUGGAUGGAUGGAUGAGUCGAUGAAUGCCGACGGCGAACACGCGGGAAGUCGACAUGCAGCAACAACCCCCAGACCAGGCACUUGGCCACCACGAUGAAGAAGACGGCUUGGAUCCCCUCGUCGCCCACGCCGCCGCCAGGAUCGCGUACGCGCUGAACGACCUCCACCGCGUCGGCGCCGCCCAGGUGACUGCGCGUGGCUCGUUCCAGCUUGUAGCAGGCUCACAGCACUACGAGGUGCUUGUUACCACAAGCGAUGACGAUGCAGACGAGUCGCCCAUGGCCGUCCACAUCCGGCCUCGACCGACGACGCCAUCGCUUCUUGACGGGCAUGCUGCACAUGGCCACAGCCCGCGCAAACGACGCUGUCACAGCCCGAGCGAAGAGAACGAAGAACAUCAAGAUGAGCCAGGACAAGACGCGACACCGACCCCGCUCGUCUCUGAUCAGGAAUUGCUCGCCCUCCUCUCCACCAUGCGUCAAUCCACCACCCCUCAAUGCCUCGAUCACCUCCGCUCCCUCAUCGACCGCCUCCAAACCACCUGGCAGUCCCGGUCCAACCCCGCCUGGGACCCCUCAUCGCUCUCCUCGGCCGCCGCCGCCGUCAACCACCCUCGCACAACCACCUCCCCCCUCCAAGAACCCGCCAACAACCCCUUCACUACCACCACCACCACCAUCACCACCCCCAGCCCUGACCCCUUGGACCCCGACUCCCCUCAAACCACAGCCACGGCCGAUGCUGUAAAGCAGCAGCGCGAGCUCCUCUCCAAGCAGAUCCAGUGGGUCGAAGAAUGCCGGCGUGUCUCCUCACACCUCACAGACCAACGCACCGAUACCUGGCGCACCACCUCGGCCGCCUUCCACGACACGAACCGCCAAGAUCGCGAGCGCUUCCAGCACCGCAUGCUCAUCGAAUCCUCCUCACACACCCAUACCCUCAAUCAGAUCCUCGCCGAAGUCCGCGCCAUAGGUCUUCAUGCUCAAAACAUGAAAUGGGAGACUCCUGCUUCGUUCACCCCUCUACCGGCCUCCAACCCUACCACGGUUGCAUAUACGGCUGCAGUGGCUCCGUCCAGAGUUGCGCGCCCACAGCCUCCACGCUUCCCGGAACAUGGUGCUCAACGUAGCGGAGCGGCGAGACGCUCGAGCGCGAAUGGCCACAAUGGUGCAUAA